AUGAUGCGUACGCCAGGACCGCCAGGCGGUGCCACUGUGCGCGCAGGCUCAGGUACUUCAGUGCAGCCUGUGGAUCCGGCUGUGCAAAUUGCCGUGUCGCAUGCAGAAUUCCUGCUCGUACAAGCGCGGCAGAUUGUAAACCAAUUGGCGGGAACCAAGACUCUGGAUCCACUCUUGUGUCGGCAGAUGCAGUCGUUGCUGGACCAGGCUCAGGUCAGACCACCACCCACGCCUAAGCGCGACAUAGCUCAUGGUGAGGUCGUGAAAAAGGACGCGAAGAAGGAUGUAAAGGGCAAAAACAAAUGGGCUCGUGAAGUUAUGGCCGACACACCGCUCCUGCCCACUUUGGUCGAUACGGCUUUGUCUGCUACUGCCGGGCCAUUCUUAUCAUCCGCCCAGAGAGAAGCUAUUGUCGAUAUAGUGGGCCUCUCACAAAAUCGUAUUGCAAAUGCACUCACAGAUCCAGAGCGACAAGCGGCUGCACAACGUUGGGCGCAAACCACUGCUAAAUCAGCGCACCAAGGCCUCAAAGGUGGUUUGGCAGGCACAAGUGAGAAUUGGGACAAGUGGUACAUGAAACAAUUGGUUGACACAGAUACUCGCUCGCAAAAGCGGAAGGAUGAUGCCGACCUUCGUGAUGAAUUGAGGCACGAGCGCGAGCCAUUUAUAACUGGCAGAGGCGGUCUCCGUGCGGCUCGCGUCACCGGAGGCCCAGCGCAAGUGUCCGCCUUUCAAGACAAUCCUGCCGUGGCGAGUGUGGCGUGCCUCCCAUCUGAUCAGAUGGCUGACGCGAGCCAAGGAGCUGUGUCCCAAGCUGGCGCGGUGACUACGACUUUUUCACCUUGGCCAGGCUUGGUGCUAACCAUGUCCACAGUAGCCUCGAGUGUGACGCUGGACCAUGUACCGGAUGAGGCGCUCGAUGAUACAAGUGCACGUAUUGUGCCGCCUCCCCCCAGUCAAGUACCGCCUCCGCCACCGUCGUCUUCCUCGCUGGCACCGCCCCCGCCGCGUCGAAUGGCGGCCCCUUCUUCACCAACCACCUCUAUGUCGAUACCACCUCCUGCGCGCUCGGCCAUGGCACCGUCCAUGGCCGCACAUGCAUCACAGCCCCUGCCACCCGUGCCGCCGUAUGCCCCGCCGGGUCAGGACCCAAGAAGCAAUGUCCCGCAUUCGCUGCGUCCUGGAUAA